UUGCACGCACAAGAGUGGCUCUACAGGAGUGUGGAAAUCGUCGUGGAAGAAGAGGAGGAGUUGAGGAUUGCCGAUCAGCAAGAAGAUCGCGACGACGACCGAAAACUGGAAUCCCGACCGAUUCGAGUGGAAGCACCGUGCACACCUACCAAGUCAAGGGCGCUCUACAAGAUAGACCAGCCUGUGCCUUGGUUAAUAGGCCCGGAACAAGUGAACGACGAGCCGAAGCCAUCGACUGAUCCCUCAACAAGAAAUCGCGACAGAAAUCUGCCGAUCGCCUUAACUCGACCAAUAUCGAAGCGAUAG